GAUCAACGUAAAUGUCAAAAUAACAAACAAUGCAAUAACAUUGUAAAUAAUUGUGGGUCAAAAAUUAAUUAUCUCUGGCCUCGUUUGAAGAAGAAGAUGAUCUAUGAACGUAAACAAAUAGUUUAUAAUCGAUUUUUAAUAAUUGUACGAUUCCACGUUGAUGUUAUUUAUUGAAGUUUUUGGUAGUCUUUAGGUUAUGUGAAGUAUUAAUGUAGAAGAAAGAAAAGAAUGGAUAGAAAUUAUAAAUAUAUGCAAAUUUCACCAUCGAUUCCAUCAGGAUUAGAUGUAACAUCAUCCGGAAUAUGGGUUUCCUGGACGAAAAUGUCUGAUAAAGAAAUAAUGCGUGAAACAGCAAUGAAAGGCGUUACAUUCGAUUUGGCAUCACAAUUCUUAUCGAAACGUAAUAAUUGGAUAUUAAUCGAUUCGAUAAGAUGGUUGGAAACGCAGAUAACCGCCUGGGCUUUGGAUUUAAUAAAUCGUGGCCAAAUUCAUAAAGCGAUGCAUAUCUAUCAAAUUAACAAUAGAAAUGGUUUUGAUGAGAUACGAAAAGUUUUAAUGGAAACCAAAGACGACUCGUUAAGAGGUAAAUUAAAAGAAGUUUUGAUAAAAAAUCAAAAAUGGAACGAUGAAGAUGAAAGAUGUUGGAUGUUGUUUGGUUGUGUGAAAAAUGAAAAUGACGAAUUCAGUUUUGGAGAUGUUUUUAAUAAAAGCGAAAAUUGGAAAAUUGAGAAUGGUACGAAAAUGUUUUUUAAAACAUUUGAUAUUGGUUUGGAAAGUUUUGUUGAUGAGAAAAUAGCUUGGAAUGUUUUAUUAAAAGAAAAUUUAAAAUUGAUUAAGUGUUGGAUUAACAUCCAAUUUGGGAACGACUUUAAUUGCGAUAACAUUGAAAAAUUAAAACCCAUUUUCAUAAAAAUGAAAAUAACACAAGAAAUGAUCGAUUCAGUUUUAAAUUUUGACGUUUCUGAAAUCGUUUUGGACGAACUGUGUAAAUUUGGCGUUUUUGAAACGAGUGAAACAAACGAUUUGGAAAAAUUUAUUAAGAGAAUCAUUAAAAAUUUUAAUAAUUUGAAAAAUUUCCUUCAAAACCCCGCGUUUCUUAAUGAUUUCACGAAAUUAUUUAUUGAUUAUUCCCUUAAAAAUAAGUUAAUACCCGUUUUGAAUUAUUCUUUAACAUUAAUUAAACCGGAAAUAAUCGAAUUAAACCCUUUUUAUGAUUACUUAAAAUGUAUUUUAACCGCGAAUGAUUUAAUAAGAUUUCAAACCCCAGAAAAUUACUCAAAAAAUCUUAUUGAGACAUCCCAAUUUUUAUCUCAAAAUGAUUUAUUGUUUCGUUAUUUUGAUAACAAUCCAAUUAUUUUAUUAGCGAUCUUAAUGUUUCAGAAGAUCUCAAUUCAUGAUUUAUACUUAGAAAAAUCAAUAAAAACUAUUUGUGGGGUAAAUCCUUUAGAAAUUUUAGAUACUUUUGAUAUUUUAAUCAUUGAACAUGAUAAACUAAAAGGUGCUUUAAUUUCAAAACCGCUAAAAUAUUUAGAUUUAAUAGAAAAGCAUACAAACAUUAAAACACAAUAUUUAUAUAAACAUCGACUUAUAAAAAACGAGAAUUUCCCUAAUUUCGAAAACGAAAAUUUAUUAAAAAGUGGUUAUCAAAAAGAAAUUGGGGUGAUUUUCUUUGUAAAACAACUAAGACCAUGUUACGCUUAUAAAAAAUUUAUUCAAAAUAAAACCCAAAAUUACAUAUUAACUUGUGACAAAAUCGAACGUUUAGCAAUAAAAAACAUUUUAAACGCGGAACUUGUAGUUAGUUGCAUAAAUUUUAUCGAAAUUCUAAACGGAAAAUCAUUUGCUUUAAGAAUUUAUCUAAACACAGCUGAAAUUAUAAAUAAAUCAAAAUUAAUCGAUCAAAAAGAAAUUAAUCGUUUAUUUAACGACGUCGAUAUGAAUAGCGACGAAAUUUUUAAUAUUUUACAAUCAGCUUUGUUUAAAACAUUAAAAACUAAAAAUAACGAAAAUUUAACCACAAUCUUAACCAGAUUUGAUAUUUUAAUCAAAUUCGCCAAUUUACACACUAUACGCCCCCCAAAUGUUCUCAUCAAAUAUUUCGCCGAACAAAAUCAAUGGUUAGAAUUCUUAAUAUUUAUUGAAAUAUACAAUUAUCCGCUGGAAAUCGUUUUAAAAUCACUUGAAAACUUCAAAAAUCCUUCGAUUCAAGAACAUUUCGAGCAUUGCUUUAAAAAUGACGUACAAAAACAUGACGAAGGUAUCGAAAGAGAACGCAAAGAAAGGAACCCAAAAAAAUAUUUUUUCUCUACAAAAAGCGGAUUAACGACAUCCAGCGAGAAAUAUGCUACUUCCGAUUUGAGUUCUUUAUCCAGUUAUGGAAGUAUGACCUCAAAUUCCAUUGAAAGUGAUAUUUUGGAAAGUGAAACUUUAAGUUUUAAAACGGAACUUUUAAUGGUUUUUAUUAAAUGCCAUAAUAGCGUUGAUCCUCCAAAAGCGUUUCAAUUUGCUUGUAGAUAUUAUAGAAGACCUUUAUUGGCUGUUUUUGCGAUGUGUUAUGAGCCUGAUUCCAUAAUAAUAAAUUGGUUAACAUGGUUGGAAGUUUCUUGUAACGUAGAUAUAACACAUUUUAAUUCAGAAACAAUUAUCGAAUCGGAUUUUGUGUUAAAUUCUUUUCGAACUGUUUUAAGUGAAGGCUAUUUCAAAACGCUAUGGCAAAGUUAUUACAUUUUUUUGAAUGAAAAUCCUUUAAGACAUUUCUUGGAAUUCAUCAAUGAUUGUCUACAAUUUAAGUAUCAAGAGGAUUCAUUUGAAAAAACUUUAAAAUUAUUCUCAAAAAAAUUGAUAAAAACGCGACGAAAUAGUUUUGUGAGUGAAAUCGGAUCUGAUAUUCACUUUAUAAAUAAUAAAGUAUGGAUACAAACGACUGCGAUUUAUUUAAUCGGAUUAACUCUUCAAUACGGGUUUAAAAAUUUAUUCGACAAAAUCCUUUUUAUGAGAUUUUUAUCGGAAAUUGAAAUAACGCAAUACUUUUCAAUACCGAUUCCAAACUUUAAAACGAUUUUAAAAAUUUUGGAAUAUUUUUUCGACAACAAUUACGACUUAAACUUUGAUUUGUCCGUUAUAAAUAAUCCGAAAAGAUUUAAGAAAGAACUUGAAGAUUUUAUUUUUGAUUUAUUGGAGAAAAAGGAAUAUCGACUCGCUUUGAAUUUAGCGGAAUUUUCCGAUUUUCCAACGGAAAAUUUAAUUUUUGAACAAGUUCAAGGUGCUUUUCGUGCAAAAAAGGACUAUUAUUGGCUUGAAAUUGAAGAGAUUUUUAAGAAAGGAUCAUAUCCUCCAUUUAAAGCUGUUAAUUAUUUUAAAGAAAUUUCUGAGGAAGUUGUUGGCUUUGAAAAGUAUGCAAUUUUAAAAAUUGCGUUAAAUUGGUGUGAAAACUUUAAUUUAAUUGAAAAAACAUUAAUUGAAAAAUUAGCUUGGAUAAGCUUUUUUAAAAUGGAAAAUUGUAUUGAUCAUUUAUCACUUCCUGCUGAUGAAGAAAUAAUUUUUUAUUACAACGAAAAUAAACUUAACGACGAAAAUACUUUAAAUUGGGUUUUCAAUGAAAUUGAAAUGGAUAAUUUAAUGAAAACAAUCGAAACGUUAUUAGAGUUAGGAGAUUUAAAUCGAGCUUUAAAAAUCGGUUCGAUUUUUGGGUUUUCCACUUCAAACUUAGACAUUUUAAAAUUAUCGUUAAUGUUAGCUGAAGGAAUCGUUUUAGUUGAUCAUUUAACAUUCGAACAACGAUUAUUAUUAAUCAAAAAAGGAAGUGGACAUUUAAAACGAACCGGAUCAAAUCUUUUUGAACACCAAAAAAUACUCUUCGUCGACGAAACUUUGAGUACUUUAGAGAUUUUGGGGGAUAAUUUAACGAAAGGAACUCAAAUUGCGAUUAAAAUUUUUAAAACUUAUCGAAUCGGAUUAUUUUUAAAGAAAAAUUACAAAGAAAUCGCUUUUUGCAAGGAACCUUUAACUACUUUAAAAGAAGCUUUAUCAUCCGAAAAUGUUAAUUAUAAAUUAGAAGUUAUUAAUGAUUUUAUUAAUGUGUUUAAAAUAACUAAACAAGAGAUUGCUGAUUUAAUUUGUUCGGAAUUAAUCGACUCAAUAACAACAUACUCAAAAAGUGUAUUGGACGUUUAUUUCCUUUGGGAUGUCAACAUCCAAAUCAAUUUUACCCAAAUCUUACAAUUAUUAACAGGAAAUUGUACGAUUUUGGGUACAAAAUUAUUUAAUAUAGCGAAUACGAUCCAUCAAAAUGAAAAUCAAAUUGAAAAAUUAAUCUCAAACGAAACUCUCACAUUAAUCACCGAGUUAUUAAUUAAAUCUCACGAUUGUUUCACAGCCGAUUGUAAUAUGGAAGGAAUUUCAAUGGUUUUAAAACAAUCACAACCGCUAAUUUCAACAUUAAUCAUCGCGAAAAAUUGGAAUUUAAUCAUAAGAUUAUUAGUCGGCAUCAAACGCUAUUCCGAAAUGAAUUACAUAUUUCCUAUUUUAAAAGAAAACGGGCAAUUUGAAUUAUUGUUGCGUAAAGGUAGUCGAAAAGAUGUCGGUUUAAAAACAGCUUUAUUAGAAUAUUUAAAACGUUAUUGUCCUGAGGAUGUUGAACUUUAUAAAAUCGUUGCGUUACAUUUCUUUUUAUUUUCCGAAAUUGCGGAUCUUUGGGAAAAUGAAAGUCAAAUAUUAAUUAAACGUUUAAUACAAAUCGCUAAAAUCGAUAUUAUUAAUAAUAAACCAGAUAAUACUAACCCAGAAAAUCUUAUUUACUUUUCUAACUGUGAAGAUACAAAAAAUAUUCUUAAAAAAAUCAUAAAAAAUUAUCAUCACGCCGCUCAAUAUCAUCUGAACGGUUCGAAAGUGUCUAAAUCAAUGAAAACGGCACAAAAAGCUAAAUUGGCUGCUUUACAACUUUCACUAUUUAAUAAUUUACCACAAAACGAAUCCUGUAUAUGUUUAUUUAAACUAACAAAAACACAAAUCAAUAAAAUUUUAUUAGAAAAGUUUAAUUUUUACCAAACGCUAAUUUUAAUUAACGCUUACGAUUAUAAAAUAGAUUGGGCUCCGAUUUUAUUCGAACAAUCUGUCGUAAAAUCUUCCCCAGAUUAUUUAAACCAAUAUUUAUCUACUUUUGAACUUUCCAAAACUUUAUUACACGAAAUUUCUCGUAAAUUUUUAUCGUACUCAAACCCCAGCGAUAAAAUGAUUGUUAAUAUGAAAAAUAUUUUAAACAAAUUUAGUUCCGUUCAUACAAAAUAUAGAAUCGCCAGCGAAUUAGGUUUUAGCGAUAUCGUUGAAAGGUUACUCGAAAGCAAUCAAUUGUGUUAUUUAAAAGAUACUGUGUGGAAAUCUGGAUAUAGAAAUACCGAAAGUUAACAUUUUAACAUUUAUUAUUAGUUAAAAAUAAGAGAUAUUUGUGAUAAUAUAAGUAAACAUUCUGUGAUUGUUAUUUUACGGGCUUCUGCUAAUCAUUUUUAUUAUGAGUUUGUGUAAAUGUAACUAUUAAAUCAUAUUUUCAACUCA